AAACACAGAUCGGAAACGCGCCAGGAUGAUGUAAACGGUCCAAUCGUCCUAUAAUUAUCCAUCAUGUUCCUCUCGCACCCCUGUGACUCUUCGCUUCCGCAACACAACACAACCGCACACCAUGUCCGACGUUCCUGACGCUCUCCUACCAGGCAACCCCAAACAACAAGAGAUCGAGCGAGCUUUCGCUGGGAGAAACGAUGCGGAUGGGAUCGAGGGGCCAACCGAUAGCCAUGCGCUGUCCAAGUUGAGUCCCGAUGACGAGGCCAAGGGGUUGGCUCAUAAGGCUGGUGAUACUGAGCAUGUCUCCGACAUUGGGUGGGGGAAGUCGGAUGUUAUUGAAGAGAGGAUUGUUCCGGGGCUGUCGAACGAGGAUUUGUUCCUCUUGAUUCGGCGGUUUAAUAGGCAAAUCUACAACGUCAAAGCCAUUCCAGACGUGCCAUUGCAGCGACUCGAUCUUAACCGCGCAGAAGACGACCACUUCUCGCCGGACAAGCUGCGCGCGACUUUGGAGCGCUUCUACACCACAAUCGUGAUCGGACUUACUGCCUUUGUUAAGCACAUUGCGCGGUUGCGAUCAUGGAGAGAGCCUCGUCGGACCUCAGCAUUCUGCUCGGUUUACUUCACAGCCUGGUUUCUAGACCUUAUUGCGCCCACGCUAAUCACUACACUAAUCGUCCUAGUUCUGUUCCCAGCAUCUCGGAAACUGCUCUUUCCCCCUGCACCCAUCGCGCUUGUAGACACCUCCACGGGCGGCGUUCAGAAACCAAAGGCGGGCGUGCUCGGUUCUGAUGAUAGUGUCACUGGCGCUCCAGAGAAAUUCAAGGGAGAAGCCGCCGAGCAGGAAGCUAGUAACUUGAUUGCGAGCGUCGCUACGGUAGCUGUCGGGAGCGCGGCUGGGAAGGAUGAUCAGGGAACACCGGAGAGCGCUCCGAUUGAAGAGCAGGUGCCGGAUCCGAUGGAUAUCGUUUCCGAGACCGCCGAUGCUCAAGCCAAGGCGUCGGGUGAAGUUCCCUCAGAUUCGCAUGACAAGACUCGACAGCCGAUGCGAGAUACUGUACUCAAUGGUGCGGACCAGGCGAUGCGGAUCAUGGCCGAUGUCAUUGAUACUUGGGAGAGGUUUGCAAAUGCACUCUCCCCAACGCCUCCCUUCUCGAUGAUGACACCCCGUCUGCGUCUGACAGCCGUCCUCGCAUCCGGUCUUCUUGUUGCAUUCAUCACUCCAAGCUACCUCUUCAUGAAGAUGACCACUCUCUUCAUCGGCUUUGGCUUCUUCGGAGACCCAAUCAUCCUCAAGGGCAUCCACUACCUAGACCAGAAAUACCCACACUGGAAGGAACUCUCGCAGCUUCAGAACUCCCUCCUAAAAGGCGUCCCCACAAACGCCCAAUUGACCCUAACCCUCCUCCGCAUCGGCGAAGCCAACGGCGCGCCCAUCCCACCCCCGCCCUCUGGCUCCCUCGACGAAGCGCCCUCGCGCGCCGCCUCGCUUGACCACGAACAACUAACUCUCGGCGCAACGGACGAGGAAAUCAGUCGCGCCGCCGCCCCAGAAAGAGACCCUCUCAAGAGCGACGUCGCAAAGGAAGCCGAGGCGAACGCACAGAAACCCAAGAAAACGUUUAUGUCCCGCGUGAUGAAUUUCUUCCGCGGGACGACGGCCGCAGGCAUUGAGAGUAAACUUGCUGUUGCGCGGGCGCGCGCAGAGAUUGGGUCCGCGCAUGCGAAGAAUCAGAAGGGUGCGUUGCAGAAGAAGGGGUUGGAUAUCCGGCCUUCGGGGCCCGUUGAGUUCGAUGCGCGGUAUAAAGGAAACCGCGGGAUGGCGGUUAUUGAUUCUUCGCAGGAGCCGCCUGUGCUUUAUUUCACAACCGAUUCCACAGUCCAACAGGGCGACUACAGGAUGUCGAGCCGCAAGAAUGGCACGGUACGCUUUACACUACCCGUGACUAACAUCCAGGAGAUGCGCAAGAUUGGAGGCAUGGGGUGGAAAGGGAAGCUGGUCGCCGGGUGGGCUGUUGGCGGGAAGGAGGUUGUUGAUGGGCUUGUGGUAUCGGGCAAGGGAGUGCAGGAGUCGUAUCAGCUUACGGCAAUGAGUAAGAGGGAUGCGCUGUUUAAUCGGCUUGUGGCGAUUGAUGGACAGGUUUGGACGUCUUUCUGAUGAGGUACGCGUGUUUGCUGAGAUUUUGCAGGUUUGGAAAUAGGUUUCUUUUCUAUCUUUUCAUUCUCUUGUCGGUCGAUGCAUGAGUAUACGCCAUGCAGGCCCAUUUUGGUGGUCGGUGGAUAUGGACGGACUUACCGGGACAUCUUUCUCGCUGUUGUAUAAUAGUUGCUAACAAUGGAAUGAAUACUAAGUCCAACAGAUGGUGUUGUGACCAACUUAUCCUUCUUGGGGUCUGAAAGCAAUACAACUAGUUGAUCACAGCACAAACAAGCAGGGGCGCGCUGCAAAGAUCUUUGACAAGG